AUGGCAGGAUUGGAGCUGAAGGAUGCGGGCGUCCGGAAUGCCACGUCCAUCAUGAGGGGAGGGGCGCGCAUGCUCAACACAGGCUCGUCAUUUGCCCUUGACAUUGAGAUCAAAAAAGAAGCAGCCGCCAUCCGUGACCCCUCAUCUCCUUCUCCCCAUGUGAACAUCCCUGCUGCCUCUUCGCCGGCGGGUAACUCAAAUGCGGACGCUCUUCGACGCCGCAAGGCGCGUCAAGUCCGCUUCCUCGAAAGCGUGCGCGUCGAGCUCUAUGAACGAGGCUCCGACAAGAAGCCUUCUGCGCCACCUCAAUGA